AUGCCGGUCAAAACCCCGUUGACCUUCGGCGAUCUCCCAGCGGAAUUGAGGCUGAUGAUUUGGGACCUCGCUGCUUCAGUCCGUACAUCACGACCAGGAUUGCACUUCAUUCCCAGUUACAUUGGAAAUACACCCUACCCUGUCACAAUUAAGGAUGUCGAUGUUUCGUCGAUAGCUGGGAACGGGUCCGAGUACCUUCUCGACGCUGGUCUGUGGACUGCAUGCAGAGACUCCAGGGAAGCAAUGAAAAAGAAGUGGAAGGAGGUAAAGAGGAAGUACGUUCAUAAUGUUGGUCCUAUCAGAAGAGAUCUUACUCCUUCAAGAAUCGGUCUUAUCUGCGAAGGUGACAAGACAUACGGUUUCUCAGUAAAUCCUUUGGAAGACCUGCUCUGUUUACAAAUACCCCAAGACGCAACUUACAACGACUUUACAUCGCGGAUCAAGCUCCCAUUUUGGAACGACUAUUGGUACGGACAGAGAGGCUAUCGCAGCAUUGCUUUUGAGUUUGAUAACUCUUGGGCUUUUGAUCCGAGCAGCAAACCUAUAGCGGAGUUGCGGCAGACGCCCGGCCCGAGGGCGUGCUUCCUGAACCUCUUGAUGGAUAUGACUGCGCGUUCUGAGGAUGAUGGAAGGGGCGAAGCCUUCGAGACAUUAAGUUUGGUCGACCGAAGCGUUCUACGAAGGCCAGAUUGCCGCAAGUACUGGGGAGAAAGAGUAUUCCAUGCCCAGAACCGCAAGUUUGGAAGAGUAUACGAUCAGAGUGACGUGGCAAGAGGAUUCCCAACCUCUUCGAUGAACGCACUCGAAUUCCUUAAUAUACUCAAAGAAGAAAUCCCGCAUCUUUGGUUCAAGAUAAGGUGCGAUAUUGCGGUAUUUGCCCGCAAUUCCAAGCUGAAGUCCAAGCCGAGGCCCAAGCAUAGGCCGAAGCGUGUUAAGACAGGCAAAGUUCGGGUCGAACGAAUCUAG